CUCGAGUGGCUGUCGAUGUACACGGUGUAAACGCAUGGCUGCAGUACCGUAGACAUAGGGCACUGGCAAAUACAGAGUAUCAAGCUAUCUACAUCCCUCUCAUGCUCCAUGCCAGACCUGCAGCCUUCUCAGGUUGUCGGAAUCCUAGAUAGCUUCCAGCAGUUGGGAGUCUCGGUCUCAACAUUCAUAUGCUCCCUACUGAACACCAGCGACGCACUUCAUCACGCAGCAGCGCGCGACAUUGCUGGAAGUUGCGACAUUAUUUUCGAUGGUUUUUUGCAGAACGAAACCCUACGGAACACGGCUAUCGAAUCCAUCCACCGACUUGCCAAAACUAUCUACACAAAAGAGGUCACUCUGCUCUCGAAGCAUGAGGCGGGCACUCACUUCAACGCUCGCCAUGCGAAACAGGCUGAUCUGGAUCAGUUCAACCUCACGGACCUGUCCGAAAAGUUCGAACAACUUGCCCCUCAUGCCUGUGAUCUCGUCAAGUGCUUGCUCGACGCGGACGCAGACCUUGCCAAACGCCGCGAACAGCGACCUCGCAACGCGCGACGUCGCCACCGCCGACACGCCGCUCCCGCAAACCAAGAACCCCCGGCCGCUGCGUCCGCUGACGACAGUGGCAAGCGAGGCGGGAACGCCGGCACUAGCACUGGCAUGUCUGCGCGCACCGACACCGCCCAACGUCCGCUUGUGCAGACGACUGGUUCUGAUUCUGACGAAGACAUGUGGGGGGAGCUUGGUGUUUCGCGAGACGGCGCGGACAUCGACACUGGCGCGCGAUCGGCUACAGCCAGCGGCGGCGCGGGGCAGCUGCCCGGGGGCGACAUCGAUCCAGUGGACAACGGCUCCGCGUCUGGCAGCGACGAAGACAUGUGGGGGGAGCUUGGUGUUUCGCGAGACGGCGCGGACAUCGACAGCGCGCGAUCGGCUACAGCCAGCGGCGGCGCGGGGCAGCUGCAGGGCGACAUCGAUGUGGACAUGAUCCCGGCGGGAGGUUGUGGCGGUGACGGGCCGAAUGCGGUGAAUGGCAGUGAUGACGAGUAUUGGAACGAGCUGGAGCCGCUACCGGAGGGCCCUGAUGACUUGGACAGUGCGGAGGAGGCAGAGCGACGUCUUGUGAUAUGCCGAAUGAAAUGUGUCCUCUGUAUUAGCAUCAUGGCACAGAGUUCAAAUCAACGAAGCAAUGCGUUACAGAGCGUUAUAGGGAUCUACCUACAUUCCUGCAAAGCACCCGAGUCGGUUGUUGACCUGCUGGCGCGUGUCGGGGUUUCCAUCUCGCAAUCCGCGAUCAAUGCCGCUGUGAAGAAUCUUGCGAGAGAGUCAAUGACGGGGAUCAAGAAACUUGGGCGCACGCUGCUUACGAUGUACGCGUAUGACAACUUUGACUGCGAGAUGAGGCAUCUCGUACCAACCGUGCAAAAGCCACACGACACGCUGAUCCACAUGACCUCCGGCACGUUCAUCCCUUUUAACCACGGCGUCUCUCUCUCGGACUUGGACUGCUCAAACGAGCUGUGGGAACAGUCGCUGUUCAACCCGCUCAACGCAGGAAAGACAGAGAAGAUAGACUGGGAAAAAUUACUUAACCUGCACCCCGAGCCCGAUCAUCCGUCUGGACUCUCCCGGCGUGAACGCUGGAAUGCUGGGCAGUUCAUGCGCGAUCUUUUCCUCCAUGGACCGGAGUACUUCCGUCAAUUCCUCACGCAGCUCGAUGAUCCUGAACCAAUCGAUCCUAUUCCCCUCGUCAAAUCGACACAGGUGCCGGCAAUGGCGAUGGACAUCAAUCAGUCCAGCGUUCAGGGCAAUAUCGACGCACUCACUGCACUUUUCCAGCAGGCCGGUGUCGGUGAUCCGAGCGACACUGAGCAAAGCGGCGUCCGCGAUGUCGGUAAUCACGUUGUGCUGGUCCAUGGCGAUUUGUCGACUUGCGAACGUGUCCAAAGUCUUCGGCAGUCUCGUGGAGAGGAGUCGAAGGCAUUCCGGAGAUUCCAGCUUGUGAUAUUCGUCAUAGGCCUCUUUCACUUGAAGAUGGCCUGUGUGGACGCCAUCUGGAAGGUCUUCAUUCUACCGUUGAAGGGCCGGGAUGACGACACGAGUCUCAUGAAGCAGGUUGCGGAGAUACGGCCGAGGGAGACUCAAAAGAUCGCCAGCAAGCCAGGCUUCCGUCGGAUGCACGAGGUCGUUCAGCAUGUUGGCGCUGUCUCUCGGCUUGACUGCUGGCGUCAAGAGCUUGCAACACGAACCCCGUCAUUUGGCUCCCUUGAACAAUGGGCAGAGUCAGCGCCCUGCAUGGAAGAGAUCGAGCAGAUCGCACACGUACUCGUUCGCAAGUACGUUGCCGACAGUCGCCUAUCCGAGGAGCGGCAUGCGCCGUCUCAUACGCGCGAUGAGCAAUGGGAAAAUGUCCGCCUACGUGAACGCCUGUUCUUAUUGUAUGAGGAACUCACCUGGGCGAUGAACGCGGGAGAUAUUGGGCGCGUUGAAGAAUGCUUCCUGCCUUGGGCAUACAUCUUCAAAGGGUGUGGCAAGCAUAAAUAUGCGACCCAGAUGGUUCGCUUCCUCAACGAUGUUCAUUGUGUAUAUCCUGCGCCUUUAAGGCGGGCGAUCCGGAUGAAUAUUCUAUGUAAUCCUACCGGUAAAAAGCACCACUUCCGCGCAAUUGACUGGUGGGUUGAACACAACAACUACUAUAUAAAGGGUUUACGGUGGCAAACUAUCGAACCGAACAAAGCGUCGGAUCAUUGAAGAGUCACCACUCAUCGAGACCUUCAAGAAUGUCCGCAUCAGUCUUGAAGACAUGUUCGCUCUGGAGCAUCAAACGUAUCGUCACUCACCUGCGAAGAUGGAGCAGACCUUC